CUCCUAGUUCUCCGUCCACCUCAGUUUCACACACCCUGCUAAGAAGGGCUCCGUGCGCCACUGCCGAGAGUCAUUUCCUGCUGUGAAAACAACCUCUGCCCGCUCUUACUACGUCGCUGAGCAAAUAUGUCGUUACUCACCUGCAUAACCUGUUCAUAGGGAAUAUGAAAUGCUAAUCAAAGCUGGAGAGGAAAUGACUUCCAGCACUGGUGUAAGAAGCUGCGGCAAGUCAAGACCCAGGAAGGCUUUUCUGCUCCGGAGGAUUUGCGUGGAUGUGUUUAGACUUGCACCCACGGAUCAAGAAGGGGUGUGCUGACUGAUAGCUUAUUUGAGGCCUCAGGAAUCCAAACACAGGAGGGUCAGGAUUUAUGACAGUUGAUAAUGACUGUUGACGAAGGGUAGAUCACACUCGGCUGACAAUGUCCCCCCAAAUCAGAAGGUCAUCACGGAUGCUACUGGAAUGUCAGAACAAUGACAAAUUGUGUGUCAUACGGGAGAAUCAGGCAGAACUAAUAGUCGUCCCAGUCCUCUUAGUGGGUGUAUUUGUCAUUGUCUUAAGCGUCAUACUUUGGCUACGUUACCGCAACUGGAAGACAAACCAGCAGACCUUCCCGGAGUCCGAAGAGAAAGCUGUGGUCCCAACCUCAGAGGAUGAGAGAAGCCGGGGGAAAGCCAGCGUAUCGGAAUAUACUUCCAUCCGGCUAAGCGAGACGACCAUGGAUUGCUUGCUAAGAACGGCAGCCUUAACCUUGAAGGAGCUGGAGAUACCACGAGAAAAAAUCUCCCCAGAAUCGAUGGAGUUUAUUUGGAACGGGAGCUUUGGGGGAAUCUACAGAGCAAAACUGGACACAGCCAGUCCUGGGAAAACUCAACUGGUCAUCUUGAAAACGUUACAAGAAUCUGCAACCUCUCAUGAGAUUAAAGACUUCCUGGAAAGGAUUACAUUCCAUCAAUUCCUUGGUCCUCAUGAAAACAUAGUCAAGUUAUUAGGGUGUUCUGUCACCCAAAUGCCUCUUUAUAUGAUACUGGAGGAUGCUUCCAAUGGGAAUCUUCUCAGCUUCCUUUGGACCUGCCGCAGGGACGUCGUGACCAUGGAUGGUUUGCCUUUUGACCUGACAGAAAGGCAGGUGUAUAAAAUUGGACAACAAAUUGCAUCAGCUCUGGAUUUUCUCCAGCAAAAGAAGCUGUUCCACGGAGACGUGGCCGCCAGAAACGUUCUCAUCGGUCACGACUUUACUGCCAAGCUUUGCAAGCUGGGACUGGCCUACAGGAGCCACACCCGUGGAACCAGCUCCGUGGCGCACAGUGUCCCGCUCAAGUGGCAAGCUCCCGAGCGGCUCCUGAAGACGCCGCCCAGCAUCAAAUCAGACAUAUGGUCCUUUGGAAUCUUACUCUACGAGAUGAUCACAUUAGGAGCGCCACCCUUUCCAGAAGUUCCCCCGUCUGAUAUCUUGCAGCACCUUAAUAGGAGGCACAUCAUGAACAGACCUUCCAGCUGUCAACCGGCCAUGUAUAGCAUCAUGAAGGCUUGCUGGUGCUGGACUCCGACAGACCGGCUGUCUCCCACGGAGCUCAUCUGGAGGAUACAAACAGCAAUCAAGAACAGCAACGAUCAGGCUGUACUUCAAGUUCCCGAGCUGGUUGUGCCGGAGUUAUACGCGAAUGUGGCUGGAAUUGACUUGGGAGACCUUGCAAUCGACUACACGGUGUUCUGAAAUCUGCCAUUUCAAGGGAUAGGAAAAAAACUUUGAAAAUGCAGGGGUCUGUGGUCACCCAAAUAUAGGCACCUUAACUGAUCCAUGCUUUUUGACCUAGCCUUCCCUCUUGGAAAGACAGCAGAGUCUCGUUACACCUGGAUUCUGGACAUGCUUUCUUGUAAGUCAGCCCCAUAUUCCUUGGGAAUAUUUUCCUGGCAAGUAUAACUUCACGGGGGGGGGGGGGUCCAAUUCCCUUUGCUCCUCAGGCCAGAGACCCGACUUGCGCCAAGAGCACUGGCGGCGCCGUAUUCUUAAUGAUCGUUGCUAGAUCUUCUCAGAACAGAACAGAAACGGGACAACAUAUAGAAAGAACGGAAUUGUCUCGGAAAGGCUGUGGGAGAAUUGCACUCUGUACCAAACUCAGGUAGAUAGUCAUAGGGCUAGCGGGGAGAUUAGAAAUAGUAAUUAUUAUUAUAUUUAACUUUACUACUGAAAGAAGUGCUUUGCGUGGUAUUUAAAUUCCGACGCAUUCACCCAGCCAAGUCUGAAGCCCUCUUCCAGCCUAAGGAGCUUCCGUUCAAUAUAACUGGCUCUUCGACUUUGUAGACUGUAAGCAUGCACA